UCUGUUACUGGUGUCGAUUGUCGACUGCCUAGCCAUUCUUCGUCCUCUCCGUUCUUCUCUCGUCCGUGGACCUUCAGCUUACGCCGUCGCAACGGUGGAGCAACCUGAGUCGCUUUAUAUCUCCGGCUUCAUCAAUAUCUUUCCUUUCUCCUUACUUCUGUUUGUACAUUGUGCUGCUCAGAUUAACAAAAGACCUAAUGGAGGCAGUGGUGAUUGAUGCUGGUUCUAAGCUUUUGAAAGCAGGUGUUGCAAUUCCAGAUCAAGCUCCUUCCAUGAUUAUUCCAACUCAAAUGAAAAUCAUGAAUGAAGAUGGAUCCAUGCCUGAUUCUCCAUCAUUACAAGCCAACAAUGUUGAUCCAGUUGUUCGAGGUUUUAUAAAAGAUUGGGAUGCUAUGGAGGAUCUACUUCACCAUGUUCUUUACAAUGGCUUAGGGUGGGAAAUUGGUAAUGAAGGACCAAUUUUAUUUGCUGAUCCACUUUUAACUCCCAAGGCUGUUAGAGAACAAUUGGUGCAGUUGAUGUUUGAAACAUUUAACAUCUCAGGCUUUUAUGCUUCAGAACAAGCAGUGUUAUCACUUUAUGCAGUUGGGCGCAUUUCAGGGUGCACUGUUGAUAUUGGUCAUGGAAAAAUAGAUAUUGCUCCAGUAAUUGAAGGUGCAGUUCAACAUGUAGCUUCUAGAAGAUUAGAAAUUGGAGGGAGUGAUUUGACAAAUCUGUUUGCACAAGAGCUUGCAAAGUCAAAUCCACUGAUAAAACUUGAUACAUCAGAAGUUGAGAAAUUGAAAGAACAAUAUGCAUCUUGUGCUGAAGAUGAUCUUGCUUAUGAAAACACACUGCAAUCAUGCCAAGAAGAACAACAUACUUUGCCUGAUGGCCAGGUGAUUUCAAUUAAAAGAGAAAGGUUUACAGUAGGAGAAGCAUUAUUCCAACCAUCUAUAUUGGGCUUAGAAGCCCAUGGGCUUGUUGAGCAGCUUGUUCGCAUUAUUUCAACUGUUUCAUCUGAAAAUCAUCGCCAGCUGUUGGAGAACACUGUUCUCUGUGGUGGAACAGUUUCCAUGACAGGAUUUGAAGAUAGGUUCCAGAGGGAAGCUAGUCUUUGCUCAUCUUCCAUUCGUCCUUCUUUAGUAAAGGCCCCAGAAUACAUGCCAGAGAAUUUAUCCAUGUAUUCCGCAUGGGUAGGAGGUGCUAUACUUGCGAAGGUUGUGUUCCCACAAAAUCAACAUAUAACAAAGGGAGAUUAUGAUGAAUCUGGACCCUCCGUUGUCCACCGAAAAUGCUUCUAAGGCCAUAUCAAGGGCUCAGAUAUUAAGUUUGGCUUCUGUUGUAGGCAUUGUAUCAUGCUCAUGAGAAUCACCAGAUUAUUAGUUUAUGAAUUUGGUCGAAAUAGUAAAUAUGGAUAUCUGACAUUCCUAAUUAAUGAACCUGAUUGUUGUAGUGGAGUUAGGUUUAAUUUAAUCGCUUUGAGUUUGUUCCCUAA